AGCCUCACAGGGAGUCCGAGUCUCUUCAGAUGGCGGAAGUUGCCAUGGACAAAGAAGCCUUCGCGGAUUUUCUGGAUGCUUCGUGGGAGGAUUUUCGGCAACACAUUUUGGACGCCAUCCCGGAAUCUGCCCCAUCCCCAACCUUCACCUCCAGCGGGGCAUUCACCUCCAGCGGUGGCGCUGUCCACACUCGCAGGCAUGCCAGCAAGGCAAAGAUGGGUACAAACGGUGGCGGCAGGGUGAACGGCAAGCAUGGUGAUGAUGAUGAUGAUGAUGAUGAGACUGGCUGCGUCAUUACCGACCUCAACGGCAACGACCUUUUGGAACUCAGGAAUUUCAAUGACCACUCCGUUGACAGCACGGGCAGCAAAGAUUCAUGCGCCUCCGCCACCUCCGCAGCCAGUAAUGGCUCCAUGUGGGUUGCGCAGCGAGACUCGCAACACGUCUUGACCAGUGCGCUGGCGGAGAAGUCUGCCGAGGAGAUUCGGUCAGUUCGAAAUCGUCUGCGCUUGCGCUUGGGGACUGUGUCCUCCAAUACGCUUGUGACUGGCAAGUCUCUGCUCGAUGCAGUUCAAGCCCUUGGAUUGACCAAAUAUUCGGAAGAAGAUGUGAAUGCUAUGCUGAACCAGCUCGCAGACUUCAUUGGAUUGUACUUCGAGGCUAAGGACUCGGAGAAACGCACCAGCCGGUCCUACGGCCUCUUCAAGUUCACCCACGACGCGGCGGACUUUGGGAAGCCCCACUGGGCCUGGCCUGGCAGGGAGGUCAAGGAGAUGACUCGCAGGAGCUUCACCACUAGCCUCGCGGAGGUCUCGCAAAGCGUUCACAAGUGCAAUUACAACUGCGCGCCGUCGAAAGCCGUGGUGGAUGUCUUCUUGGCGGAGGAAACUGAGGUGUUCAAGAAGAUCUUCAGCCCGCGGAUACUGAAGCAGUUCGUUGCCAUGCGGGAGAUUUUGUUGGCGGGGGACACCAACCGCCUGGUCGCGGAGCUCACCUUUGUGAGGAUCAAUGACUUGGCAGCGCCCCCGGAGCCCGUUCAUCCCUUGACUUACUUGGAGCCCUUUAUUGCGAUACUCAUCGUGGGCAACGGCGUCAUGAUUGGAUUCCAGACUGACCCCAACUAUGCUGAUUGGAACGGCUGGAUUUUCAUCGAGCUGUUCUUCGGGGCAUUCUUGGUGUUAGAAAUUAUGGCUCGCAUGCACCUGCUACGAUGCUGGCCAUACUGGUGUGGUCCGGAGAAGCUCUGGAAUUGGUUUGAUCUUUUCUUAGCAUGCACGAGCCUCACCGAUCUCGGCUUGCUGCUAGCAGCGGGCAACGACAAGACCGAAGCCAGCGGCACAUCCCUGUUACGGUUCUUCAGGCUGAUCCGAUUGGUGCGCAUCGUGAAGGUUUUUCGCAUCAAGUUUAUGAGGGAUCUUCGCCUGAUGGUGAAAGGACUGGUCGCGGGGAUCCGCACGCUAGUGCUGGCCUUCAUGCUGCUCUUCACAGUGUUGUAUGUGAUCUCUGGGUUCGCAGCCAUGAGCAUUGGCUCCUCCCCAGAGACGGUAGAAUUGGGCCUCCAGCCCUACUUCGAGACCAUCCCGGCUUCAAUGUUUACAGCCUUCCGCUGCUUCACCGGUGAAUGUGUCAACGACGCCGGGCAGCCCAUCCACUCGUUGCUUGCGGCAGAGUUUGGGCUUCCGUUUAUCGCCGGCUAUGUGGCCAGCUACAUGCUGGUGUCCAUGGGAAUCUUCAACGUGAUUUUGGCGGUCUAUGUGGAUAUCACUAUGAAGGCCGCUAAGGAGAACGACAGCCUCAACGCCGAGCAGUACUCCCGGGAGUCUAUCAGGAUAGCACGCAUCACCAGGGAAUUGGUCAAGAAAUUCUCGAUGGCCUAUCACAUGUUUCACGAGGAGGCCGAGGGAGAAAAAGCGGAGGAGAGCCGCGCCAAACUCCUUGCAAGCCUGGGCGGGGCAGCGUGGUACGCAGAGGACGGCAUGCAGGACAAGAUUGCCAUCACCAAGGACCUGUUUCUGCUGAUCAUUCAAGAUCACGCUGUGCAGGGUCUGAUGGAUGAUCUUGACCUGCCUCCGGAUCGGGCGAAUCUCUUUGAGAUCAUCGAUGCGGACGGCUCCGGCACGCUCCAAAUCACGGAGCUGUUGCAUGGGCUUCUCAAAAUCCGGGGGGAGAUCAACAAGAGCGACGCUGUGGCCUCCCUCUUGGCCACCCGUGCAGUGCAGACCAUGGUGGCUGUUCUCCAGGAGGAGAGCGCUAUGCAGCUGGAGAAGACCAAGGAGUUGUCAGAGUCAGUUUCCGAGCUCCGGCUGCAGAUGGCCGGCUUGGCCGAGCAGCGAAGCAAACCCACGAGAAGUUCUAUCAGGUUAUCAUUUGUCUCACAGAAAGCGAGCCGAGCGGCAAGGGAGGCGGCGCCGUUGAGUCGCUUGAAGCUUCCAGCAAGGCCCGACCUGCCGGAAAUGGAGGAUGCGCCGCCAAACCCAUCGUAGGACUCGAAUCCGUUGGCCAGUAGGCUGCUUUUUAAGCUGAAUCGCCCAAACGGGCUCGGCAAAAAUCGCCUGGGAGAUGUUAUCCCUUUCUACGCAAUAUGAUUUGCGGCCCAGAUUGUCUCAAGUUUACCGCUUGCAACGUUCUGAAUCGUAAC